GCCAGGGAGGUGGGGGCGACCCUCGAAGCGGGAGGCACGAGUGCAGUCCUCCUUCCCCCACUGGGGGGGCCUCUGAGCCGUCAUCGGGGCAGAAGGCUUCAAAGACAAAGCCUGUGGGGCAGGGGCGGCAGCAGCGGGGUGUCUGGUGGCAGGAGCACCAUGGCCACCAUCCAGUCGGAGACUGACUGCUAUGACAUCAUCGAGGUGCUGGGCAAGGGCACCUUCGGGGAGGUGGCCAAGGGCUGGCGGCGAAGCACGGGUGAGAUGGUGGCCAUCAAGAUCCUCAAGAACGACGCCUACCGCAACCGCAUCAUCAAGAACGAGCUUAAGCUCCUGCGCUGCAUGAGGGGCCUGGACCCCGAGGAGGCCCACGUCAUCCGCUUCCUCGAGUUCUUCCACGACGCCCUCAAGUUCUACCUGGUCUUCGAGCUGCUGGAGCAAAACCUUUUCGAGUUCCAGAAGGAGAACAACUUCGCACCCCUCCCUGCCCGCCACAUCCGCACGGUCACCCUGCAGGUGCUCAGGGCCCUGGCCCGGCUCAAGGAGCUGGCGAUCAUCCAUGCCGAUCUCAAGCCCGAGAACAUCAUGCUGGUGGACCAGACCCGCUGCCCCUUUAGGGUCAAGGUGAUCGACUUCGGCUCGGCCAGCAUUUUCAGCGAGGUGCGCUACGUGAAAGAGCCUUACAUCCAGUCGCGCUUCUACCGGGCCCCCGAGAUUCUACUGGGACUGCCCUUCUGCGAGAAGGUGGACGUGUGGUCCCUGGGCUGUGUCAUGGCCGAGCUGCACCUGGGCUGGCCCCUCUACCCGGGCAACAACGAGUACGACCAGGUGCGCUACAUCUGCGAGACCCAGGGCUUGCCCAAGCCCCACCUGCUGCACGCUGCCCGCAAGGCCCACCAUUUUUUCAAGCGCAACCCUCACCCCGAGGCCAGCAACGCUUGGCAGCUCAAGUCCUCGGCCGACUACCUGGCUGAGACCAAGGUGCGUCCCCUGGAGCGCCGCAAGUACAUGCUUAAAUCACUGGACCAGAUUGAGACGGUGAACGGCGGCGGGGCGGCCGCUCGGCUGACCUUCCUGGACCGCGAGGCGCUGGCCGAGCACGCUGACCUCAAGAGCAUGGUGGAGCUGAUCAAGCGCAUGCUGACGUGGGAGUCGCACGAGCGCAUCAGCCCCAGCGCCGCCCUGCGCCACCCCUUCGUGUCCAUGCAGCAGCUGCGCAGCGCCCACGAGGCCACCCGCUACUACCAGCUCUCGCUGCGCGCCUGCCGCCUCUCCCUGCAGGUGGAGGGCAAGACACCCACGCCGGCUGCGGCCGCUGUGGAGGACGGGUCCCCCUACUACCGUCUGGCCGAGAAGGAGGAGGCCGCGGGCAUGGGCAGCGUGGUGGGCAGCGGGCCCUUCUUCUGCGAGGAGAAGGCGCCCGGCGUGCAGAGGGCCAUCGACCAGCUGGAUGACCUGAGUCUGCAGGAGGUGGGGCGUGGGCUGUGGGGGGAGGCCCGAGCCGAUGUGGUUCCUGACAUGCUGGCCCCACUCAAGGCAGCCGCCGCUGGCCGCCGGGUGCCCGACUCGGGCCCCGAGCCCAUCCUGGCUUUCUAUGGCAGCCGCCUGGCGGGCCGCCACAAGGCCCGCAAGCCACCCGCAGGCUCCAAGUCCGACUCCAACUUCAGCAACCUCAUCCGGCUGAGCCAGGCCUCGCCUGACGACGAUGGGCCAUGCCAGGGCAGUGGCUGGGCAGAGGGAGAGCGCCGUGGGGCCUCCGCCGAGCCGCCCACCAUCCCGCAGCGCGACGGGGAUGGACCAGACAUCAAGGAUAUGACCAUGGAUGCUGAUAGGCCGGGCCCUGAGCUCUACGACCCCAGCAGCUGCCCUGGGGAAUGGCUGAGUGAGCCGAACUGGACUCUGGAUGGUGUCAGGGGCCCGCGGGCGCAGGGGCUCCCAGUCCACCACGUUCACCCGCACGGUCCGCCCCGGACCACCAGCUUUCUGCAGCACGUUGGUGGGCACCAUUGA